CCUCUGCCGGUAUUCUCAUCCGGGUCACGUCAAUCUUCCGGAUUUUUCUACGCCGCCUUCUCAUCGACUUUUUGGUCUUCCGCCUUUACCGCCGCCCCUCAUCCUGUAUAUCCUCGUUGGUCCUGUGUUUUCUCGUGUCUCUCCUCCUGCAGUCGCGCCUGGCCAUAGGUCGCCAGUCCGAACCGAAGCCGGGCCUGGUCCACUGGGGCCGCCCCUGCCUCUUUGGGUCCGGCCGCGCGCGCCCGGCUGCGGCUGUCCGGGCUCUGGCCACGGGCUGUGCAGCCUUCUUGGUGACUCUGUGUUUUGUUUUGCUUAGGAAGUUCCAGCGAGAUCUCGUAGGCAGCCCUCGGCUGCUACUCCUUUUGAGGACUCUCAGGGCCUCUUCUCUCCAGUGUUCUCUGUCUCGAGUCCUACCCCAGUCACCUCACCCCACUGCCCUGUCCUCCUCCGCGAUCGAAGCGGGAAGAUUGUCUCGAAACUCCUGCAUGGUGUUUCAAAGGGCAGUGGAGAACGAAGGUAGAAUACAUGUGCACUUCCAGUGAGCAAGAGCAUGUUCCCGAACUCAAUUUUGGGUCGCCCGCCCUUCACUCCAAACCAUCAGCAACAUAAUAACUUCUUUGCUCUGUCACCAACUCUUUAUUCACACCAGCAGCUUAUAGAUGCACAAUUCAACUUCCAGAAUGCAGACUUGUCUAGAGCUUUGUCAUUACAGCAACUGACAUAUGGAAAUGUUGGUCCAAUACCGACCUCAGCAUCCCCAAUAUUUCGAGGAAGGAAGAGAUUAAGUGAUGAAAAAAACCUGCCUCUUGAUGGUAAACGGCAACGAUUCCAUUCACCCCACCAAGACCCAACUGUAGUUAACCAGAUAGUGCCUUUAUCAGGUGAACGAAGAUACUCAAUGCCUCCAUUGUUUCAUACACCCUAUGUACCAGAGAUAGUCAGAUGUGUUUCGCCUUUCCGAGAAAUAUCAUUUUUAGAGCCUAGAGAAAUCACACUGCCUGAAGCCAAAGAUAAGUUAAGUCAGCAGAUACUGGAAUUAUUUGAAACAUGUCAGCAGCAAGUAAGUGACUUAAAGAAGAAAGAGCUCUGUCGAACACAGCUGCAGAGAGAAGUUCAGCUGCUGUUUCCACAAAGCAGACUUUUUUUGGUUGGGUCUUCUCUAAAUGGAUUUGGUACCCGGAGUAGUGAUGGCGAUUUAUGCCUAGUUGUUAAAGAAGAACCAGUAAAUCAGAAGACUGAAGCACGGCACAUACUACUAUUAGUCCAUAAACACUUCUGUACUAGACUUUCUGGCUACAUUGAGAGACCUCAACUGAUUCGAGCAAAAGUACCAAUUGUGAAGUUCAGGGAUAAAGUCAGUUGUGUGGAGUUUGACUUGAAUGUAAACAAUAUUGUUGGAAUAAGAAACACAUUCCUUCUCAGAACUUACGCAUACCUUGAAAAUCGAGUUCGUCCUUUAGUGCUGGUGAUUAAGAAGUGGGCAAAUCACCAUGAGAUAAAUGAUGCCAGUCGUGGUACUUUAAGCAGCUAUAGCCUUGUAUUGAUGGUUUUGCACUAUUUACAAACCCUACCUGAACCCAUCCUUCCAUCCCUCCAAAAAAUUUACCCAGAAUCUUUUAGUCCUGCUAUCCAGCUGCACCUUGUACAUCAGGCACCGUGUAAUAUUCCUCCUUACCUCUCAAAGAAUGAAUCAAGUCUUGGGGACCUCUUACUGGGCUUUCUUAAAUAUUAUGCUACAGAAUUUGACUGGAGCAGUCAAAUGGUUUCAGUCCGUGAAGCCAAAGCCAUUCCAAGACCUGAUGGUAUUGAGUGGAGAAAUAAAUACAUCUGUGUAGAAGAACCUUUUGAUGGAACAAAUACAGCCAGAGCUGUGCAUGAAAAGCAGAAGUUUGACAUGAUCAAAGAUCAGUUUUUAAAGUCAUUUCACAGAUUGAAAAACAAAAGAGAUUUGAACAGUAUACUACCUUUAAGAACUGCUCUCCUGAAAAGAUAACUGACCUCUAUUUCUUAAAUUCUUCUGAGAAAUAAAGAACAAGAGUUACAUCA